CUGGCCAAAAGAAAAAAAUACAAAGGAUAAAAACAAUUAAUGAACAUGAAGAGAAUAAGAAAUUAGCUGAACUCUUGUCAUAAGCGGACCUUUGCGGCUUGUUCUUGUACUGUUCUUCAAACGAGGGGCUUCGUCACACUAGAAAGGUAAAAACGCAUUUCCAAAUUUUACAGAAAACUGAAAACUCAAUUGGCCAUAUAAAAUUUUUCAGAUUUCACAGAAAACUUCAACUCUUCAAGGCAUGCCGUUCCGUCGGUCGAACCACAGUUCAGGACCUGAAAUAACCACCAAACUUGCAAGCUCGAGCUCAUUUCCUGUUUACUCAUGAAACGGAUUCACCAUAUCCCCUAUCAUCGACAUCGGAAAUGGCUCCUGCCCACCAUUACGAUCUCCACUCUCUUCAUCCUCUUCCUCCUCAUCCUUCGAAUCAAAUCUUCAAGACCAGCUUCUUCUUACAGUCAACCCAGUUUCACCCAUUUUGACCCAGAUUCGGAUUCAGGACUUCCCCGAUUGCCCCGAUUUGCGUAUUUGAUUGCAGGCACGAAAGGAGAUGCUUCGCGUCUCAAGAGGGUUCUUCAAGCGUCGUAUCACCCCAGGAACUAUUACUUGCUGCAUCUUGAUCUAGAAGCUGCGGAUUCUGAGAGGUUUGAGCUUGCCAAGUUUGUGAAAUCGGACUCUGUAUUGAGGGCUUUUGGGAAUGUGAUGGUGGUUGGUAAGGCUGACUUGGUAACUUACAAGGGUCCAACAAUGAUUGCCUGUACGCUUCACGGGAUCGCCCUGUUGCUGAAGUGGACAAAUAAUUGGGAUUGGUUUAUUAAUCUAAGCGCGUCUGAUUAUCCUCUCAUGUCACAAGAUGACUGGAUCUUGAGUUUAGCCAAACUACACAAUCUCUUGCAUAUCUUUUCAUUCAUUCCGAGGGAUCUUAACUUCAUAGAGCACACGAGUAAUAUGGGUUGGAAAGAAUAUCAAAGAGCUAGGCCUAUCAUUGUAGAUCCAGGCUUGUAUCAUUCGAAGAAGUCUGGUGUUUAUUGGGCCAAAGAAAAAAGAUCUGUCCCAGCUUCUUUCAAGUUAUUCACAGGUUCUGCAUGGGUAGCCCUAACAAAACAGUUUCUGGAGUUUUGUGUUUGGGGUUGGGAUAAUCUUCCUCGGACUCUGCUGAUGUACUACACAAAUUUUCUUUCAUCCCCAGAGGGCUACUUCCACACUGUCAUCUGCAACCACAAGGACUACCAGAACACAACAGUGAACCAUGAUUUGCAUUAUAUACGGUGGGACAAUCCUCCCAAGCAGCAUCCUCUGUUGUUGAAGUUGGAGCAUUUUGGUGAUAUGGUGGAAAGUGGUGCUCCGUUUGCUCGAAAGUUUAAGAAAGAUGACCCAGUUCUUGAUAAGAUUGACAAGGAGCUACUGAGAAGAUCAGGUGGCCGCUUCACUCCAGGAGGCUGGUGCAUGGGAAAUCAUUUUUUGAUCAGAGAUCCUUGUGCGGUUUAUGGAAAUCCAAAUUUAGUUAAACCAACUUCCAGUUCUAAAAGGCUGGAAAAAUUGAUGAUGAAACUGCUAGAUUCUGAAAAUUUUAGGUCGAGACAGUGUAAAUAGUUUGGUAGGUUAGUUCAUUUUUCUGCCCACGAUAUUGCUUUUUCUUGCAUUGCAGAUUAUCACAGGUGGUCUUUUAGCGUGUUUUUUGAAUCUGUUCAAAUUUAACAAGAUGAACAGCUGUUAUAAAAA